AUGGCGGCGAAGCCCGUGCGCGAGUACUUUGGCAAGCAGCUCCUGGCCAAGUACCUCGGCGAGGCGUCCGGCGGCGAGUUCGAGUUCGAGGGGCGCGGCAUGCUCGUGAAGAGCGGCGCGUCGGACCCGGCGAGCCCGUCGUCCUGGGCCGCGCUGCUCGCGGCGCACCCCUGGGCCAGGGACGCGCGGCUGGUGGCGAAGCCCGACCAGCUCAUCAAGCGGCGCGGCAAGGCGGGCCUGCUCGCGAUCGACAAGAGCUUCGACGAGUGCCGGGCCUGGGUCGACGCGCGCAUGAACGCGACCAUCGACGUCGAGGGCGUCGAGGGCGUGCUCCACACGUUCCUCGUCGAGCCGUUCGUGCCGCACGCGCAGGCCGACGAGUACUACGUCUGCGUCGUCUCGAACCGCGAGGGCGAGGAGCUCCUCUUCUGCAAGGACGGCGGCGUCGACGUGGGGGACGUCGACGCCAAGGCGAAGCGGCUCCAGGUGCCCCUGGGCGAGAGCGCGGCGCCGGACGCGCUCGCGGCGGCGCUCCUCGACGGCGUCCCGGAGGCGCGGAAGCCCAAGCUCGCGCGGUUCCUCGCGACGCUGCUCGGCGUGUACCGCCAGCUCCACUUCGUCUACAUGGAGAUCAACCCCAUCGUCUUCGAGGAGGGCGGCAAGAUCACGCCGCUGGACCUCGCGGCCAAGCUCGACGAGACGGCCGCGUUCCUCGUGCAGAACAAGUGGGGCCCCGGCGUCGACUUCCCCGCGCCCUUCGGCCGCGCCGAGUUCCCCGAGGAGGCCUACAUCCGGUCCAUGGACGCGAAGACGGGCGCGUCGCUGAAGCUGACGAUCCUCAACGUCGCGGGCCGCGUCUGGACCAUGGUCGCCGGCGGCGGCGCGUCCGUCGUCUACGCGGACACGAUCUGCGACCUCGGCUUCGCCCACGAGCUCGCCAACUACGGCGAGUACUCGGGGGCGCCCAACGACGAGCAGACCUACAACUACGCGCGGACGAUCCUGGGGCUGAUGACGCGGACGCGCCGCGACGACGGCAAGGUGCUGAUCGUCGGCGGCGGCAUCGCGAACUUCACGGACGUCGCGGCGACGUUCCGCGGGCUCAUCAAGGCGUUGCGGGCCUUCAAGGACGAGCUCAAGGCCGGGGGCGUCAAGAUCUACGUCCGCCGCGCGGGGCCCAACUACCAGGAAGGUCUACGCAUGAUGCUCCGGCUCCGCGACGAGACGGGCCUCCACGUGCGCGUCUUCGGCCCCGAGCAGGACGCCGUCGCGCCCUGCGCCAUCGCCCUCGGGCUCAAAGCCGAGGACUCGCUGCCGGACUUCGAUCCGGACGCGGAGAGCAAGGUCGCGACCGUCGCGGACGCGGCGCCGGCCGACGCGACGAUCCUCAAGCGGUCCUUCUCGUCCGGGAGCCUCACCCAGUUCGACGCGACGUUGAGCUCCAUGGCCAGCGUCCAGUUCACGGCGGAGACGCGCUGCCUCGUCUACGGCCUCCAGCAGCGCGCCGUGCCGAAAUCAACCACCGGUCGGGUUAUUCCAGCCAAACUUCAAACCUCUCUAGCUCGGCAGCGCGCGGUCCAGGGCAUGCUCGACUUCGACUUCAUGUGCAAGCGCAAGAAGCCGAGCGUCGCCGCCAUGGUCUACCCGUUCCAGGGGAACCACUACGUCAAGUUCUACUGGGGCACGGAGGAGACCUUGGUGCCCGUCUACACGUCCAUCGCGGAGGCCGCGUCGAAGCACGGCGACGCGAGCUGCCUCGUCAACUUCGCGUCGUACCGGUCCGUCUACGACACGUGCAUGGAGACCUUCAAGCUGAGCGCCCAGAUCCGCACCGUGGCCAUCAUCGCCGAGGGCGUGCCCGAGGCGCAGACGCGCGACAUCGCGGCCGCGGCCGAGGAGGCCGGCGUCGGCCUCGUCGGCCCCGCGACCGUCGGCGGCAUCAAGCCGGGCUGCUUCCGCAUCGGCAACACGGGCGGCAUGCUCGACAACAUCGUCAUGUCCAAGCUCUACCGGCCCGGCUCCGUCUGCUACGUGUCGAAGAGCGGCGGCAUGUCGAACGAGCUCAACAACAUCAUCGCGCGGUCGUCCGACGGCGUCUGCGAGGGCGUCGCCAUCGGCGGCGACCGCUACCCGGGGAGCCGCUUCAUCGACCACCUGCUGCGCUACAACGACAACCCGGACUGCCAGAUUUUAGUGCUCCUGGGCGAGGUCGGCGGCGUCGACGAGUACGACGUCUGCGCGGCGCUCGAGAGCGGCCGCAUCGACAAGCCCUUGGUGGCCUGGUGCAUCGGCACCUGCGCGUCGGCCUUCAGCUUCGAGGUCCAGUUCGGCCACGCGGGCGCCUGCGCGCGGGGUUUAGGCGAGGCCGCCGUCGACAAGAACGCGGCGCUCGCGAAGGCGGGCGCCGUCGUGCCGCGGUCGUUCGCGGAGUUCGGCGCGCGGCUGAGCGAGGUCUACGCGCUCCUCGUGGACCGGGGCACCAUCGUGCCCAGGCCCGAGCCCGAGGUGCCAAAGGUGCCCAUGGACUACACCUGGGCGAAGCGCCUGGGCAUGGUCCGGAAGCCCGCGAACUUCAUCUCGACGAUCAGCGACGACCGCGGCGAGGAGCUGACCUACGGCGGCAUGCGCAUCAGCGACGUCUUCAAGGAGGACCUGGGCGUCGGCGGCGUCCUGUCCCUGCUCUGGUUCAAGAAGCGGCUGCCGCCCUACGCGACCAAGUUCAUCGAGAUGAUCCUCAUGGUCACCGCGGACCACGGGCCCGCGGUGUCCGGCGCGCGCGGCGCGGCGCGGGAACAGAGUGAUUCAACGCACAACACGAUCGUGUCGACGCGCGCGGGCAAGGACCUCGUGUCGAGCCUCGUGUCGGGCCUGCUGACCAUCGGCCCGCGCUUCGGGGGCGCGCUGGACGGCGCGGCGACGAUGAUGACGGACGCGUGCGACCGGGGCAUGUCGGGCAAGCAGUUCGUCGACGACUGCAAGCGCGAGGGCAAGCUCAUCAUGGGCAUCGGCCACCGCAUCAAGAGCGUCGAGAACCCGGACAUGCGCGUGGAGAUCAUCAAGAAGUACGCCCAGGCCCACUUCCCGAAGACGCCGACGCUCGACUUCGCGCUCGAGGUCGAGGCCGUGACGACGGCGAAGCGGUCGACGCUCAUCCUCAACGUCGACGGCUGCAUCGCGGUCUGCUUCGUCGACCUCCUGCGCCACUGCGGCGCCAUGACCGUCGAGGAGGCCGACGAGCUCAUCGCCAACGGCUGCCUCAACGGCCUCUUCGUCCUCGGCCGGUCCCUCGGCUUCAUCGGCCACCACCUCGACCAGAAGCGCCUCAAGCAGCCCCUCUACCGCCACCCCUGGGACGACAUCUCCUACAUCGGCGGCGACAUGUAGGCGCCGCCGCCCCCCGCCGAUAAUCCAUCGCGCGC